AUGGCCCCUGUCUGCAACGGAACCGGUGCUGCAGCAUCCGUCAGUGUCUGCAGUCUCCUGGCCACCAACUGCCACCAGCCUCUGCAACUUCUUAGCCAGUUGAGCCAGCUUCUUUGGAAAUCAUGGUUCUGUGGUGUUCUUCCUAAAAUGCUCUUUUUCUUAGGAAGGAAGAGAGCAGUAGAAGGGUUAGGUGUAGCUAUGAGCACAAGUGUGGACAGGACCACAGGAGACAAGGCUAUAAACAUGGCAUGUGCAAUGCUGAAGAGACAGUCUGAUUUGAUAAGAUUUUGA